AUGUCGGCUAGCAACGGAUCGGACGUUAACCUCACCUCUGCGUAUGCUGCGCUAAGUCUAGUCGGCGCCAUGUUAGAGUAUAUUCAGGGCACCAUAUACUUUGACCUCGGCUCGCAAAACUUUAUUGAGCUAGCGCCGACGUAUACGGGGGUGCUCAACUCCCUUGUCUCUACAUAUGCAGAGUUCUCAGGGGGUAUCGGCACCCUUUCCCUUUCCCUUUCUAAGGACAUGGCAUACAAUGACAUGGGGAGCCUGCUAGAACAGGCUUGUACAAACCUGACUGCAUCAUUGAUGUCGGACGCGGCCACCCCCAGGCCUACUAGGAAUGUUACUGGGACCAGCAUGCCAAAUUACAAUGUGUACGAGUACCACGCAGUACGCCUGUGGCUGGCAUACGGUAUUGCCCUGGCCGCAUCCCUGUUGGCCGACGCAUACGGAUUGGUCUGCGUCUACCAGAAUGGCGGAGCGAUGCAACGCUCGUUCUCCUCCAUCGCCGCAUCAGUGCGGAAUCGCGAUCUAGACGCGCUUCUCGGCGAGCCCGGAGAGGCGUCACCGGUUCGUGCUGAGAAGACCAAGCUGCGCUACCGCUCUGGAAGGUUUGUUAGGGGAGCAAGAGCAGGUUUCGCGAUUGCCGAGGAUCGCAACGAUGAAGAUGUGGAGUUGGGCGAGGCGACGGGCCUGAGAGGCGACGGGCCUGAGAGGCGACGGGCCUGA